AUGACAUCCCUCAGCUCGCAGCCUCGCUACCUCUACAAGAUCGUGCCGUCUACCGCGCCGGUCCGCGAGCCUAUUCCCGAGCGGCUUCCAAUCAGUGACCUUGAUCAGAGCUCUGGCUACAUCCACCUUUCGCAGGCGCAUCAGGUCCCAAAUACAUUGAAGACCUUCUUCGCCGAAGAACCUCUUGUCUAUGUGUUGCGCAUCGAAUACCACCGCGUGUUACAAGAUAUUCGAUGGGAAUCUCCAGACGGGAAAGUGAGCGGCCCUCGACCUGGCGAGGGACUCUUCCCUCACCUCUACAAUGGAUUGAGACUGGGCAGAGAAGAGGUUGAGAGCGUCGCCAUCUGGCAAAAUGACGAGGGAUGGGACAAAGCUCUCGCUGGAGCGAAGCCUUGGCUUCUCACUUGA